AUGGUAGGCCUAGAUAAUCCGGAAGAAAUCAAACGAGACUUUCAAAGUGACGAUACAAACGAAGUUAUUCAGACACAUCUCAAACGAGAUCCAACGUUGGACAUUCAAGACAGGUCAAAAGAAACUGAACCUUCAGGAAUACUGGAACGUGAAACGGAAUUGGAGUUUGUCAAGUUAUCAACGAAGAAGUUAUUGUUGAUUGGUUCAGCUACGACGAUAGUUUGGUUUCAAGGAGUGGCUUAUAUCUGCGGGACAGGUUAUCUUCUUCCUGUCAUUCAAAAAGAAUUUCAAAUAUCUUUAGGGGAUGUACAAUGGGUAACAGCUGCUUUCAACAUUACUUGGGGAUGUUUCGCACUUGUAGCAGGACGUAUCGGUGAUAUUUACGGACUUGAUCGUACUUUCAUUUUCGGUUUAAGCUUUUAUGCUAUUUGGGUAUUGAUAGGUGGUUUUAUGCCUAACAUCAUCGGUCUCAGUAUGACUCAAUCUUUAUCUGGAAUAGGUUUCGCUAUCGCUUCUCCUGCAGCUGCAGCGAUGAUAGGAACUUAUUUCCCUUCUGGUAAACCCAAAACUAUCGCGUUUUCCGUCAUGGCAGGAGCCGGAGCAAUAGGAGCGGGAUUGGGUUGGUUACUCGGAGGUUUCUUCACAAUCUCGUCACCAUACACAUGGAGAUGUUUAAUGUUUUUAUGUUCUUCCCUCACUUUAUACCCUAUAAUAAUUGCCAUCCUCGUGUUUCCAAGAAGUCCUGGUCAUCCAAGGGAUAAAAAGGUGGAUUGGAUAGGAGCCAGUAUGAUCACUAGUGCUCAAGUGUUAUUGGGAUUAAGUUUAACUUUUCCUGUUGCUACCAAAAAAGGAUGGAAAGCACCUUACAUUCCUGUUCUUUUCAUCUUAUCCGCAAUCCUUUUCAUUUCAUUCAUCUUCCGUCAAUUCUAUCUUGACAAACGUGAAACAAACCCGGCUUACCCACCGCCUCUCACGCCGGCCAGAUUGUUCGGUCAUAGAAGACCUAUGGUGGUCAUUUAUCUCUCGACGUUUUUCGUUUGGAUGGGAAGUGAUUCCUUGGGCGUCACAGCUUCGUAUUUCUACGAAGACGUCUUAGGACUUUCGGGCUGGCAGGCGGGUUUGAGAGUUCUGCCUAGCGUAGCAGGUGGAGUGAUGGGUUCUAUCAUGGUGGGAAUCUUACUCCACUACUUACCCUCUAGAGCAGUUCUCGUCUUGACCGAUUGUAUAGGAGGUUCAGCCGGUAUAAUCUUCGCUGCUAGACCUAUGAACAGAGCGUACUGGAAAGCCGACCUAUGGGCUUGGCUCACUACUAGUGUUGCUUCCGAUGGAACGACGGCGGUAGCUUCGACAUUGAUUUCAGAUUAUACUUCAUCUGCUGAUCAGGGAGUCGCAAAUGCUCUUCUGGUAUCUUGUAUGAGAUUCGGAGCUAUGAUGGGUUUAGCACUAUCUACCAUCACACGUGAGGGUGUUCAACAUUCCAAAGAAGCUUCAUUCCGACAUUCCCUCAGUUUAGACUCUACCACACUAUUAGACUGGACGAUGGAACAGAUCGCAGAAUGGGAAGGUGUCAAAUCUGCUUUCUUCUUCUGUGGGGCAAGUGUUUUGACUGCCGCCGCAAUAGUAGGCAUAGGUCUCAAAGGUUGGUAUGUUGUCGGAAGGCCCACUUCGAACGAAGUAAUCGGUCCGACCUCCGGGACGUCGAGUGCGAGUAGUCAAAAACUUAAGAUGGGAACAAGCGAAGUGAAAGUAUGA